UUUGAAAGCAAAUAACAUACAUUUGUAUAGAAAAUUUAAAAAGAAGCAUAAUUUGCUAGUAUAUCUAUUAAACCCUAUAUGUCAGGUGGAGAUGCUUAUGAGCACACGUGCGGUCUCAACUGACUACCGACGUGCUUAUUUUUGACUUUCUGGCUGCUUAAAUUUCCAUCGUGAUUAACUAACUUUUCUGCCACUUUUUUUCACUUCUCUUCCUGUCAUUUGCAAUUGCAGUUUAGAUCUCAUAAUGUCAAACUCAGAAGUUGCAAACAAGCAGGUGAUAUUCAAAGGAUACAUCGAUGGAGUUCCCAAACAAACUGACAUGGAACUCAACUUUUCAAAUAUUCAACUUAAUCAACAACUUCCACCACAAUCGCUUCUCCUCAAGAAUCUCUAUCUCUCUUGCGAUCCCUAUAUGCGUGGUCGUAUGCGUGAUUUUCAUGGAUCUUACAUUCCCCCAUUCGUUCCCUCACAGGCACUUGAAGGAUUUGGUGUGUCUAAAGUAAUUGUAUCUGAUAAUCCAAAUUUCAAAGCUGGUGAUUUCAUUUCCGGGUUUACCGGCUGGGAGGAAUACAGCAUCAUCAGUAUCGCUAAAGCACAGCAGUUGAGAAAAAUUGAGCAUGAUCAUCACAUUCCUCUUUCCUUCCAUCUUGGUCUUCUAGGAAUGCCGGGUUUUACUGCUUAUGCUGGAUUUUAUGAGGUGUGUGCCCCAAAAAGUGGCGAAUAUGUUUUUGUAUCGGCGGCAUCUGGUGCUGUGGGUCAACUUGUUGGCCAGCUUGCAAAGUUGCAUGGCUGCUAUGUUGUUGGAAGUGCUGGCUCAAAAGAAAAGGUUGAACUUCUAAAGGAGAAGCUUGGAUUCGACGAAGCUUUUAACUAUAAAGAAGAAUUGGACUUGGAUGCGGCUCUAAAAAGGUAUUUUCCACAAGGCAUUGACAUCUACUUUGAUAAUGUGGGUGGUGACAUGCUUGAUGCUGCUCUUCUUAACAUGAAGAUUCAUGGUAGAAUUGCAGUUUGUGGGAUGAUUUCUCAGUCAAACCUUUCUGAUCCCAAAGGAAUUUCCAAUUUAUCCUCUCUCAUUUAUAAGCGCAUAAGAAUGGAGGGUUUCUUGCAAAGCGAUUACUUGCACCUGUUCCCAAAAUUCUUAGAACAGGUUUCAAGUUACUAUAAACAAGGAAAGAUUGUGUAUUUUGAAGACAUGAAUGAAGGCUUAGAAAGUGCUCCUGCUGCUUUUGUUGGACUUUUCCACGGCAAGAACGUCGGUAAGCAAGUUAUUCGUGUUGCACAUGAAUGAUUUCACCUUAUCAGAUGUUCACCACGUGUUGUAAACAUAUCAUAGUUCUAAGUUGAAGUUAUAGCCGCAGUUGCAGUUACGUUGUUUUGUAACAAAAUGUGAGCAAAUAAAGUCGAUGCGGCUACCAUUGCAAUUGUAGACAGCAACUUAUAUACUAAGAAGCAUAUGAUAUGUUGAAAUUUGGACAGAUUUGAACUGUGGCAUGGCCAUACCGUGUUAUUGUUUUAUGGCAGAAAUUAUUGAUUUUUCACCA